GCUUGGCUGAGUGGGCUCGGAAGCGGCGAGCAGGAAGGAUUUGCUGAGUAAUUCUCAGCGUUUCGCUUCCUCCGUGUCCCGCCGUCCCUGCUCUCGCACCGCCCGGAGCAGGGGGGUCCGUGCCCCGUCUGUGGGGCGACGCAGGGCCGGGGUGUGGGCAGUGUUCCCCCAGCGAGGGGAGGACGCCGCUGUUUGUUACCUGCGGACCGAAACGCGGUGGGAUUUAUUUAUACGUCCCAGAGGAUGUUUCUUCCUGUAUCCGGAAAGCCGCGGUGGAGUGGCGGGGGCUGUUGCCGAGGUGUGCUGUGUUGAGGGAAACUGUUCCCAUGGCUUGUGGGGAGUGCAGCGCUUCCGCACUUGCUCGGGAUCCAGCACGUAGGAAUAUCAGCCACUUCCAGCACAGAGAACUGACGUGCAGAUAGCAGAACCCUGCUGCAAGGUGAAUCAUGAUUCCAGUCACCGAGCUGCGCUACUUUGCUGAUACUCAGCCAGCCUAUCGCAUCCUGAAGCCGUGGUGGGACGUCUUCACCGACUACAUUUCCAUCGUGAUGCUGAUGAUCGCCGUGUUCGGGGGGACGCUCCAGGUCACACAGGACAAAAUGAUUUGUUUGCCCUGUAAGUGGGUUACCAAAGACUCCUGCAAUGACACUGCCAGGGGAUGGACAGUGGCAGUCCCGGAGCGUACCUACUACAACACUAGUCUUGUUCCCUCUGCUGAUUCGGGGCCUACAGGGAUCCGAUAUGAUCUGGACCGGCACCAGUACAACUAUGUGGAUGCGGUGUGUUACGAGAACCGUCUGCACUGGUUUGCCAAGUAUUUUCCUUAUCUAGUGCUGCUACAUACCCUCAUCUUUCUGGCUUGUAGCAACUUCUGGUUCAAGUUCCCAAGGACCAGCUCCAAGCUGGAGCAUUUUGUGUCUAUUUUGCUUAAGUGUUUUGACUCUCCAUGGACAACGAGAGCAUUGUCUGAGACAGUGGUGGAAGAGAGUGAUACCAAACCAGCAUUUGGGAAAAUGAAUGGCUCCAUGGACAAGAAAUCCUCCACGGUCAGUGAGGAUGUGGAAGCCACUGUUCCCAUGCUGCAGAGAACAAAGUCUCGAAUUGAGCAAGGGAUUGUGGACAGGUCUGAGACUGGUGUCCUGGACAAAAAGGAAGGUGAGCAAGCCAAAGCACUCUUUGAGAAAGUGAAAAAGUUCCGUACUCAUGUGGAAGAGGGAGACAUAGUUUAUCGCCUGUACAUGAGACAGACCAUAAUCAAAGUAAUCAAGUUCAUGCUGAUAAUUUGCUAUACUGUGUACUAUGUUAACAACAUAACGUUUGAUGUAGACUGUAAAGUGGACAUCGAGAGCUUGACUGGCUACAGGAUGUACCGCUGUGCUCAUCCUUUGGCCACUCUCUUCAAAAUCUUAGCCUCUUUCUACAUCAGUCUGGUGAUUUUCUAUGGUUUGAUUUGCAUGUACACACUGUGGUGGAUGUUGAGGCGGUCACUCAAGAAAUACUCUUUUGAGUCCAUCCGAGAGGAGAGCAGUUACAGUGACAUUCCUGACGUGAAAAAUGACUUUGCUUUUAUGCUCCAUCUGAUCGAUCAGUAUGACCCCCUCUACUCCAAGCGCUUUGCUGUCUUUCUGUCAGAGGUGAGUGAGAACAAAUUGCGGCAGCUGAACCUCAACAAUGAGUGGACUUUGGAGAAACUGCGCCAGAGGAUCACCAAAAACUCUCAGGAUAAGCUGGAAUUGCAUCUUUUCAUGUUGAGUGGCAUUCCUGACACGGUUUUUGACCUCAUUGAGUUGGAGGUCUUGAAGCUGGAGCUUAUCCCUGAUGUCACCAUUCCCCCCAGCAUUGCUCAGCUCACCAGCCUUAAGGAACUGUGGCUCUACCACACAGCUGCCAAAAUUGAGGCCCCAGCCCUUGCCUUCUUGAGGGAGAACUUGAAAUCUCUCCACAUCAAGUUCACAGACAUUAAGGAGAUUCCUCUUUGGAUCUAUAGCCUGAAGACACUAGAGGAGCUUCACCUGACAGGGAAUUUGAGCGCUGAGAACAACCGGUACAUUGUGAUAGAUGGACUGAGGGAGCUGAAGAGGCUGAAGGUGUUGAGGAUGAAGAGUAACCUCACCAAGCUGCCACAGGUGGUGACAGAUGUUGGUGUGCAUCUUCAGAAGCUUUCCAUCAACAAUGAGGGCACCAAGCUCAUUGUCCUCAACAGCCUUAAGAAGAUGGUCAACCUGACAGAGCUUGAGCUGAUCCGGUGUGACUUGGAACGCAUUCCUCACUCUAUCUUUAGCCUCCACAAUCUGCAGGAAAUAGACCUGAAGGACAACAACCUAAAGACCAUUGAGGAAAUCAUCAGCUUCCAGCACUUACAUCGUCUCACUUGCCUUAAACUGUGGUACAACCACAUUGCCUACAUCCCCAUGCAGAUAGGCAACCUGACCAACUUAGAACGCCUUUACCUGAACCGUAACAAGAUAGAAAAGAUCCCUACCCAGCUCUUCUAUUGCCGAAAACUUCGGUACUUGGAUCUCAGCCACAACAACUUAACUUUGAUACCACCAGAUGUUGGACUUCUUCAAAACCUGCAGAAUCUGGCUGUGACAGCCAACAGGAUUGAGAGUCUCCCACCAGAGCUGUUCCAGUGCAGGAAGCUGAGAACGUUGCACCUGGGAAACAACGUGCUGCAGUCACUGCCCUCCCGGGUGGGAGAGCUGACGAAUCUGUCGCAGAUAGAGCUGCGAGGGAACCGCCUGGAGUGCCUGCCCGUGGAGCUGGGAGAGUGCCCGCUGCUGAAACGCAGCGGGCUCGUGGUGGAGGAGGACCUGUUCAACACCCUGCCCUUGGAAGUCAAGGAGCGCCUGUGGAGGGCAGACAAAGAGCAAGCUUGAACUCCUGAGAAAAGGGAAAAGCCUCUGAUCAACUAGAAGGAAGCAAAAGGCCAUUUCAGUCCCCUUUCACCCAAAUGCUCCCCUCUCUCCAUUCCAAUUACUAUCGAACUGGCCAAGGAGUCCUUGACAAACAUGACUCUGAAUGAGUCAGCUUCUUGCCUCAGAUGCAGGAUGGGGGAGUCUUGGGAUCAGGAUAAGGAUCAAGACAGAUUAAUUGGCCUCUGAGCAGGGCCCAGGGGGAAUGCAAGGUGUUGCUGUUCUUCUGGACAGGAAUUGGGGUGAGCUAGAUGGUGCUGGUGAGAAGAAAUGACCUUUGAAUGGAGGAGAAAAUGAAUGUGGGGAUUGCUGCAUUACUCCCAAUAGGGCUUAUAUGUGUCAGGGACCGAGGGAGUCCAGUGCCCUGCAAGCAAAGAUCAAGAGACAAGGAAAUCUCUUGAACCUUCAUCUCUGUGACAGCUGGUGCUGCUCCCCUCUGACUCAGAUUCAGUCAGUGUAGCCCCAGAUUGGGGUGGGAUAGGACACAGACAGCUGAUUUUUAUCUAGAUGCUGGCAUUAGGAUUUGGGAGAUAAACAUCUCGCAGCUGCUUGAAGGCAGAAUUUGUUGGUUUUUUACUAAUUUUCUUUCCCCUUUGCACACUCCCCACCUUCCCCUCUGCCCCUGGAGAAGGAACCAAACUAUCUGCUCCUUUAAGAUUGCACUACUGUAAUGGUUUCAAGUCACUUGUGCGGGUGAGUAGAUCCCAGCAUCCUUCUCCAGCUGAUGUCCUGGAGGCACUAACUGACACAAUUCCAGAGCUUUAGCUUGUUCUGAAAUGGAUGGUUAUAGUGCAAGUGGGAGAUCUGGACAAAAAGCAGUUGGACUGUCUAAUCUACUCUCAUCGAGUUGCUUCAGGAUCUGGCUUUUAGUUCCAAGCUACUUUUUAAUUGCAGGUAUUUUGUUGCAUAUCAAGCAGGAAUGUACAAGUGGCCAGUGUGUUGAUGUAAGGCUCUCAUGGGGUUGGAGAGGAAAUUCGGGUUUCCUCUGCACCUCUUGUCCCCCAUCCUGCCUUCCCCCACAAUUAAGUUGUUAAAUUAAAGUUGUUCGUUGCUCUGCCAGUGUUUUUUAUGGAUGAAGUCUAGAGAGCUGCUUGAGUGUUCUCUUCUGUUGUUCCCCUCACUUUAACUGCUGACAGUUCCUGUUACACCUCUUGACCUAAAUAGGAGGUUAAUGCUGAUUGAACCUGGUGCUGGAAAAGAAACCUUGUCCUCCUGUUUCUUCCCUUUUCAUUCCCUCAGUGUUGAGGAGAAUGAGAAUCCUCUGUGGACUGAGCUCUUCUGGCUUCCUGGAACAGAGCAGCCUUUACUGAAACAAGUUUGACCUGUUUGGUAGUAUUUGACAAAAAAACCCCUCAACCUUCUGGGCUGGCAGAGGUAGAUAAUGUGUAACAGUUACUGAUUAUCAUGUCCUGAGGUGGGGUGGUUCAGAUGCCUCCAGGACACAAAGGUCUUCGUUCUUCCAUCAGAAGGAGGAGGAGGUGCCUGGACCUACAGGUCCUGGCUGUGACAUUCUCCAUCAGACCAGCAGGUCGUCUCCAAGGUGCAGUGCUGGAAGCUGGGACAUGAGAAGUUUGGAGCCUCCCAUGUGUACAAAGGGGGAAGCUACAUCCAGCUCCAGAGUGAUUCCUGACAAGCUGCCAGUGAGUGCCCUGGCUUAUCCACCUGGCUUGUGGUGAUCCCGUGGAUGUUGGGGCAAUAAGGCACAGUGUGGGUCUCUUCAUCAGAUGUAAGAUAUGAAAUAUAUAUAUAUAUACACACUAAAUAUGCUGAAACCAUGAACAAUGUUAACUGGACUCUGGAUUUAUUGAUGUUCAGAUGCUUAAAUAAAGCUACAUUAAAAUCA